AUAUAAUUAAUUUAUUAGGCUAGAAAAGGAGAGAGCUUUAUAUAAAGGUGGGUGUGGGACUUUUGAGUCAUUGCAAGGUAGUGUUGGUGAGACUUUUGCAUUAGUUUUGUAUUGGUGUUGCUGUUGUUGAAUUAGUGCUAUGGGCAGGCAACCUUGCUGUGACAAACUUGGGGUGAAGAAAGGUCCAUGGACAGCAGAGGAAGACAAGAAGCUCAUCAACUUCAUUCUCACCAAUGGCCAGUGUUGUUGGCGUGCUGUGCCAAAGCUUGCUGGCCUUAAGCGUUGCGGCAAGAGUUGCAGGCUUCGUUGGACUAAUUAUCUUCGCCCAGACCUCAAGAGAGGGCUCCUCACAGAAGCUGAGGAGCAGCUUGUGAUUGAUCUUCAUGCCCGUCUUGGCAACAGGUGGUCCAAGAUUGCUUCAAAGUUACCAGGAAGAACAGACAAUGAGAUUAAAAAUCACUGGAACACCCACAUCAAGAAAAAACUUCUCAAGAUGGGGAUUGAUCCAGUUACACAUGAAUCUCUCAAUAAACAAGCUGAACUCAAGGACAGUUCACUAUCCCCUGCCGAGCCAUUGCCACCACAACCUCAUGAGGUCAAGGAAAGUACUGAAGGGGUUCUCAACAACUCUGAGGAUCAGAAUUCUAGCUCAUCCCCAGAUGAAAAUUCUUCUGGAGAAGAAUCCCUUUUGCUAGAUAGCAUUUGUAGUGAUGACUCACUAAUAAAUAGCUUGUGGUUGGAUGAAACUCCUCUGGUGGAAGCAUUGUGGGACUCUGCACCUAUAGCACCUGAUGACAAUACUAAAAUUGACAUGGGUUUGGUGUCAUCUUGGGAGGAUAAUUGUGCUUGGCUAUUUGACUGUGAGGACUUUGGUAUUCAUGAUUUUGGGUUUAACUCUUUCGAUGAGGUAGAGUCUUGUCCAUUGCAAACUAUAGAGAUGAAAGAAGAGGAGCAUUAGCGUGCAUCAAAUCUGGUGAAGAGAAAAUUCAAAAAUCUGUAUAUGUGACUAAAUACCAUGGACUCAAAUUUAUGUUCUUGGUGUUGAACUUUAUCUUAGUUAGUAUUCUACAGAAUGUUCUUGGAAGGUGGAAGGUGAACCUUUACCCUUAUGAGGUUCCUCGCCAACCAAAUCACAAAAGUGAUAGCAAACCAGAUCAAAAUCAUCAAAGUGCCACAUUACAUGCUCUUUUUUUUCUUUUCUAAAAUACUGUAAUUUUAUGUGUACGCUAGAGACAAAACAAUUGAGAAAUGUCAGAGCAGGUACUAGUGGGUUCUGAAACUAUUGUAAAAAGAUGUUUACAUUGAAUAUAAUGGUAUAGUAUUAUGUGAUUAUAA